AGAGGGGGGCUAGGUAGGGAGGUAACAACUAGUCGGUAAGGCCUAUUAAACAGUUUUUAUCUAAAAGAAUGAUUUAAUCGAGAAAAAAUGGAAGUUGGAUUUUCUACUAUGACGACAAGAAGUAUUGAGGAUAAAUUACUAUUAAAUACUAUUUCAAGGAAUCUUAAGUAAGUUAAUAAAUAGUUAAUAAGGUAUGUACCAAGCUAUACAUAUGUAUAAUAUAAAAAAAAUAUUUAAGUAAGUUUUAUAUACAUUUAUUUAUAUAUAAAAUAGAUUAAAAACUGGUAAUAAAAAGUAUUAUAAAAAAUAUAUUAUUAAAUCAACUAAUUAAUGAAUUGUAUUAUUUAUGUAUAAAUAAAUAAAUAUAAUAUAUAAUUAUAAAUUUUGAUAAACUUUGAAAGAUUGUAAUAGAAAAUAUUGAAAACAAUUUAUUUUUAAAAACACCAUUUUGCAGUGCUUGCCUGGGAGCGAGCAGAACACGUAGGUAGGCCUAUGCGGUAUGCCGACCGCUCGCAGUUAUAUUUAUAGUGCAUGCAGUUUUGCUUUGAGCAAAUGCUGUUUAGCUCCCUGCAAAAAUUCGAUGGAUACGCACGAAAUACACGUUCAAGCUCCAGGUCCGUGGGGAUUUCGCAUCUUUGGAGGAGACGGACAACCUUUAAUUGUGGCUAAGGUAAUAAAAAAUAUAUGUGACUUUUUUCCACCCAAAAUCAUACAGGCCUAUAGAAUAUAUAGAACUUCUAUUUUCUUUAACAGUUUGCUCUACAAAACUUACUCAAAAGCUUUGUAGUUGCUUUGCAUUCUUUUUUUUUAUAAAAAAACUUGAGUUAGUAACAAAGAAAAUGAUCAUCCUGACAUAGAAGAGGAAUAUAAUAACGAACACUAGUUAAUGAGAAUGAGAUAGUAUCAUUUUUCAACUGGAAAGAGAUUGAUGUUAACAUUUUAUACUUAAUUAAACGUAUGAAAUUGUUUCAACUUUAUUAUCAACUCUUCAACGAUUCGUCGUCCUUCAUCUACUUAUUUCUUUAUUUAGAAAGAAAUGCCUGGAUUCCUCUUACUUUACUUUAAUUAAUUAUUUAUUUCUAGGUUAGAAAUAGAAGUCCCGCAGCUGAAGCUGGUUUAAAAGAGAACGACGUACUUAUUUCAAUAAAUUCUCAUUCCUGUGAACAUCUCGAUCAUAAGAGAGCAAUGGAAAUUUUAGAUGAAGCUCAAGGUGGCCUUUGUCUUCAAGUUUUAAGAGGUACGACGAAUAAACAAGACAUUUCGAACGCUUUUAGAGCCUUAUCUAAUCAGCAAAAUGUUAAUAAUGAGUCGUUAGAGAAAAUACCACUCUCAUCUACUGAAAAUGUUCACCAUGAAAGUGAUAUUUGGAAGCCUAGAGAACAACAGACAUCGUUCAAAGUUACUGCGCAGGAGAACGUAUCGAUAACUCGAAAUGCGGACGAAUCAAUUACAAUGUCAGUGGGAAUGCAAUACGAGAAGGAGAACACACCACCGCAACCGAUAUUUCGAGUGAAACAAAUAGGAAAAGUCGAUGAGGCAGUUUGGAAACCGGCUACCUUCCAAAUAACACAGCAACAACAACAACAACAGCAGCCGCAGCAGCAACAUCUGUCGCAAACUGUUCCUCAUCCCUCUAAUUCAUUUUCUCAGACUUCUCAAUUUUCCUACCAGGAAGAGCCAACUUCUGAUCAUUGUGAUUCUUUCUAUAGUUCGGAUAAUUUUGAUUUCUCUUACGAGGCCGAUCCUUCCGACAACCUUAUAGGCAAGCUGACGAACCGAGAAAGUACUUCAGAUGAUGGUCGAUCUUCUCCCGAAUCGGCUAUGAGAAGGAAGAAGAUAUUUGCUGAUUCUGCUUUUUACGAUGACGAUCAGCAUAAAUACCCUACUAUAGAAGAGCAAAUCAAAAUGGCUAGAAGGGUCGCGAUGUCACUAACCGCUCCGAUUAAUAACAAGGCUAGAGGUCAUCGAAUGUUUGUUAAACGACAACAAAGAUCAGAAAAGUGGACUUAUUCUGGAGGAGAACUCCACGAGAAGAAAGAGUUUGAUAGCGAUUCCCAUCAUUUUAUGCAACAGCCUUGGGAAAAAACCUGGUCGAACAUUGAGAGAAGUUCUGAUGAAACACCAUUGAACUUCGGUGAAAUUCCAGUUGCUCCGCCCCUACCUGCAAAUGCCUGGCGAGCACCUGUUCUACCUGUUGGUAAAGGGAAGGAGAAGGAAAGCGCUCUAAGUGCUGAAGAAUUCGAAAGAAUGAGAUUGCUAGAACAAAAAAAUACCCACGACAGCAUUAAUCCGCAAAUGUGUUUUAAUUUGGCUGCGGCUCUGAAGAGUAGUAAAGGAAAAGGAGGGCAGAUAUUCGCUAAACGAAAAGCUAGAGCCGAUAAAUAUAUCGUAGAUGAGUCGAACGUUGCCCUACCUGCAACUAGUCCAAAUAAGAAUUAUAUGGCUAAAAUUUUAGCGUCAACGAACUUCAAUCAAGAAGUUGAAGAAACUAAGAGGGUCGAUUCAGGACCUCCACCUAAUAAAUUGGAUACGAUGAUUAGCCGUAAGCCAAAAAUGACUCCAUGGGAAGCAGCCGCCUCCGAUCCUUAUAAUAUAGAACCUGCAUUUGAACAUUUAUAUGGGUGGAAAGUUCCCUCACCCAAUGAAAAAAGCUUUACUCCAGCCAAAGUCGAUGUAACACAACCACCACCUACUUCCGACUCUCCUCAACCUAAAUUACGGCAAACCAACAGCCAACCUACACCAUCUAAUUCGAGGCCAUUCAGCUAUCCUGUUGUAAACAACAGUGCACCAAAAGGAUUUAAACCCGUGAAAUUUGCGUUUAAUGAUGGAGAACAAACAUCUGAGACUCGUAUGGAAGAUGGUGGUGUUUGCGAUUUGUGAAGAUAUACAUACGUUAUAUUAAUGCGCAUAUAUAGUUGUUAUAUACAAUAUACAAGCGUAAAUAGGUUUAUAUAUAUAUACAUAUUUUAAAGUAUAUAAACAUUUUAUUUAAAUUGUACGUUGUCUUUGUCUUCGUUGAAUGGUUUCAGUUUAGCAUCCUGCAGCCUGUAUUUUUUCAGACCCUUGAUUUUCGUUUGCUUGAAUAAAUGACAUUAAGGAAUAAGGUACAAAAAAAAUAAAUGAAUAUUCUUUAUUCAUUGAGUUAACAAUUAUGAAAAGACAGGUAGAUAGAGAGACAAAGAGAGAGAGAGAGAGAGAGAGAGAGAGGGAGUUGGAAAGAAAUAGAAGGAAAUAUAACGAGAAAAAGAGUAAAACUAAUCGUGACUAGGUUAUAUCAAUUUCUCCUAUAAACUUUUCUCUUUCUCUCAUUCUCAUUUUAAUAGGACAAUAGGCCUACUAUAU